AUGGGCCCUCCCAGAGACAGGAGCGCGUGCAGUGAUCCUCCCAGGGACGGGAGCUCUCCCAGGGCCUGUGCCAUGGGCGGUGGCACCCCUAGAGGCUUUUCCAGGGACAUUGGCACUCUCCCAGGAACAGCAGCGCCUGCAGGGGCCCUGCCAAGGACAGUAGCGCUGGCCAGGACGAUCCCAGGGGUCCUCCCACAGAUGGCGGUGCCCCCAUUGACUCGCCCAGUGACAGCAGCGCCCCAGGGGCCCUCCCAGGGAUGGCGGCGCCAGAAGGGCCGUUUUGGGAGGGCCCUUCACAGCGCCAAUAUCCCUAGUAGAGCCGUUAGGAUAUGCUACCACCCCUGGCACAGCCCCUGGAAGCGUUCUCGUCCCUGGGUAGGGUCCCUGGCAAGGUGCCUAGGAGGGUCCCUGAGGGCGCUGCCGUCCCUAGAAGGCCCCCUGGGAGCACUGCUGUCCCAGGGAGAGCCCCUGGUGGCGCCAGCGCCCAUGGUAAUGCCUCUGUGGGCCCCACCGUCCCUGGCAAGGCCCCAGGGGACGCCAAAGCCUCUUGCAGAACCCCGAGGGGUGCUGACGUGCCUGGGAGGGCCCCUGAGCCACUGA